AUAAGUGUUAAAAUAAUAACAUUAGAUCUGUGUGUCGUUUGCCCUCCUCCCCUAUGCUUCCUCACGCCCCCCCCCUCCUAUCGUAGGAGUCAGUGGGGGCAUGCAGCACCCAGCAAUGUCUACCUGAGCUAACCCAGCUGUAAGUGAGCUCAUUCCCACAUGUGGCUGUGCAGACGCACCACACUGUCUGCACCUGUAUCGUGUUCCUGAACACUGUACACAGACCAAAUCCCCAGUGUGGGACAUAAUGGAAUUCGGGGUUUACUUCCCCUAAGCGGACAACCCUGAGAGGAACCUGCUUGAUUGAGUUCGAUUCAGUUUAUUUAUGGACUACCCUUGCCGACACAUUUGCCUAAGGAUGCUCUUACAUAUAUAGAUGUAAACAAGUGUGGCACACGGUGCAGGCAGUGUGUGAUACAGACGACAGUGGUGGAGAGGGAGAGAAAGAUCCCUCAGUUUAGAAGGUCGCACUAGUGGGUGAAGAAAACGACAGGGGUCCCAAGGUAAGAUGGCUGUGAGAGGGAGGAGAGAAUAAAAUGGUGUGUAAUCAAAUAAAUGCAUGCUGCGUUUGUGGCUUAGGUUAGUUGCUCUUUCUAACUUAGCUGCCCAGGAAGCAGGUGAACGCAAACCCCUGAUGCUGGACCUUCCUGGUGCUAGAAGGUGCUACCAUAUAGCCAGAGGUCACGCUGUGAUUGCAAAGUUUUGCCGUAAUGCUGUCAGAGCUGAACACCUUGCCUGACAGGUGGAGGCAGCCAGGAGCCCAAGAGUGAAAAGGAGAGAGACCAUGUGGUAGUGUUGUAGCCAAGACCGCCUUAACCAAGACUAAGACAUUGCAGAGACUGGAGGGUACCAAGAUUGAGAUCAAGACCAAGACACACUAAGGCGAGACCAAGACCAAGGCUAGUUGAGACCAAGUCCAAGACCGAAAACAGACUAGGGCUAGAAUCAACAUCACAUUAAUCAGGUCAACUAUAGAGAAAAAAGGCAUUGCUGUAAAGUGUCUUUACUCGUUAAAUCAAAUUCAUGUUUUUUUUUGAUUAUAUUGUCCAUGUGUCUCUCAUUUAAAAUCUCCCAGAUUUGUCAGUUACGAGGCCUGAUGGAAAAUAAUAAUCUCAGCAAUUCUCUCCUAUAACCAUUUUAUCAGACUUCGUCAAGGGAAAGAGAUGGGAUGUACCAGAAAGAUGUUAAUAUUAAGUCUCUUAUACCAGGGACAGAGACCUCGGUAAGCUAUGAAUAUGACUAUGUAAUGAUCCCUUGCUUUGAAUUGAAGAGAAUGAGCCUCCAGAUUGACUUGCACCUCCAAGACCGUGCUUUCUAAUGAAUGUAAAAUACCUAAUUUAUUUCAAUUAUAACUAUGCUAUAGACUAUGUUGUACCAAUUAAUAGAUAAACUGGAAUUGUCCCACUGUAAUCUUUACACUUCAAUAUCAGCAUCACUAAAAUUACUUACCAUAUAGCUUAGAACGAAUGCUUGGUAAACACAAUGCCCAUAGACUGAUGCUGUAUAAAAUCAAUGAUGAUUUAUUAUGUCAAAUAACACCACUGUAAUAGUUAAACAAUAUACCCACACAGCAGUCUCCGUCAAGGUGGUUUGACAUAAUCGGCAUACAGCAGAAUGUUUCUUUUUCUGGGACGUUUUGCAACUAUACUCUUUGUGCUCUGUAAAGCCAAAGUUAAUUACUGCCGACUUCGCGGACAUUUUUGGACAUUUCUUCACUUCACUACUUCACUAUGAUGCGAUGUGUAUGAUGUGUGUGGACUGUGAAGCACUGGCAGUGUCCGUUGAGAAAAUGUAUACAAUGUAACAUUUUUAAAAUAGAUGCAUCUGACUGGUUGCAUUUGAAUUGAGGCGCGUAAUAAAUAAUACUGUUCUGUGAGGAUACGCUGUUUUCUCUUUUCUUCCUCAUCCCAUCGAGACCGCUAUGUCCCAGACCAAGACAAGACUGAGACCAAAUAGAGUCGAGACCAAAACAAGACCAAGACCACAAAAAAUUGGUCUCGAGAACUACAGCACUACCCUGUGGGCAGCUGGCGGGGAGCGGGGUGAUGUCUGGAUCUGAGAACAGCCACGCAGUGGGUGACUGCAAAACCAAAGUGUGUCAGGAUUCUGCCAGCAGCUUUCUUUCUGCUCAUUUUGCCCCUGCCCCGCUUGACUCACAGCUAAUGUUGGACCUGGGCAGGAAGCAGGAAGUGGUGGUGUACGACCAGAGCACCCAGGACACCAGCUUGCUCACCAAAGACAGCUUUGUCUAUAUUCUCCUGGGCAAGUUGGAGGGUAGCUUCCACAGGGUGUCCCUGCUCACAGGGGGCUUUGCAGCCUUCUCCUCCUGCUUCCCCAGCCUCUGUGAGGGCAAACCUACUACCAUCCUUCCCAUGAGCCUCUCUCAGCCCUGCCUUCCGGUAGCCAACGUGGGCCCCACGCGCAUCCUGCCCCACCUCUACCUAGGCUCACAAAAAGAUGUCCUCAACAAGGACCUGAUGGCACAGAAUGGUAUCACCUAUGUGCUGAAUGCCAGUAACACGUGCCCAAAGCCCGACUUCAUCUGCGAGAGCCACUUCCUGCGGGUCCCCGUCAACGACAGCUACUGUGAGAAGCUCCUGCCCUGGCUGGAGAAGACCAACGACUUCAUUGACAAAGCCAAAGUGUCCAACGGUCGAGUCAUUGUCCAUUGUCUGGCGGGAAUUUCCCGGUCAGCUACAAUCGCCAUUGCUUAUAUUAUGAAAACAAUGGGCCUGUCAUCAGAUGAUGCUUACAGGUUUGUGAAGGACAGGAGGCCCUCAAUAUCACCAAACUUCAAUUUUCUGGGUCAGCUGCUGGAGUUUGAGAAGGGCCUGAAGCUCCUGAAGGCCUUGUCUUCAGUCCCCGGGAAGAACCUGAUUGAUCAGCUUGAGGAGGAGCCUGAGCGUAAGGCCCAGGAAGGCAGUGGCAGGAGCAGUCUUCUGGAGAGCAGACUCCAUGACGUAGAGCCUAGGGUCCAGGCAAUGGAGCCGAAAGCUUCUAGCCCUGCCUCGCUCCAGCAAGGCCUCAAUGGCCUGCACUUGUCGUCAGAGCACAUCCUGGACACCAGCCUCCUGAAGCGCACUUUCUCCCUGAACAUCCACUCUGCCUAUAACCCAGGCCCUGGGCCCAGAGAUGCCUCCAGCAUGGACAGCGAAUUCGUGGAUGCAGAGAAUGUGCCCAAGCUCUGCAAGCUGGACAGUCCGGGUGUCCCCAAUGACACCUGUCCAUUCUCCCCAGUGACGGACAGUCCAGCCAUGCUGGAAUCGACAAGCAGCGGGGAAUCCUGGACGCGGCAGAAAUGGAAAGGCCAAAGCGAGGGCAGCAUGGGCUCGUCGCUGAGCCUGAGUGUCGGCCGAAGCGAGACCCCCCAGAAGAGCUCUGGCCUGGGCAGGAACCUGAAGGCCUCACUGCUCCUCAGCCUCCCCGGCUUGGGCUCUGGCCAAAUGUGGACCAAGCACAGGGACCCGGUACAACCUACCACCCCAGACACGCCCAUGGGUGAUGGCCCGUGGUAUCUGGGCACUGACUCACCGGCUGGGGGGAGCAGCGUGCGUUUCGGGAGCAGCUCGGCCUAUGUAGCCUUUAGCUGCAGCGGACUCCCCGGCGGCCGUGAGCCAGUGUGCCUGCGCGAAAAGCCAGGUGAGCGGCGGGAUUCACGGGCCAGCUGGCACGAGGACACCCCCGGCGGCGUCUCCGACAAACAGUUCAAACGUCGCAGCUGCCAGAUGGAGUUUGAGGACAGCAUUGCUGAGACUGGCUCCUGCGAGGAGCUCGCCAAGAUCAGCAAGCAGUCCAGCUUCUCUGGCAGUAUGGAGAUCAUCGAGGUGUCCUGACAUACCAGUCUAUGGACAAGAACUGCCUUCUUGUGGAGGGGGAUGGGGUGGGGGAGGGAGAGGAGCAAAUGGGUUUAUUUAUAACAUAGUUCUAUUUUUUGUUAGUUUUGUUAGCAUUUUUGGCUCGAAGGAAUCUGAAAGAGCAGCGUUCCUGCUUUGUCUCUUAGCACAAGCGUGCAGAAGCCUAAGAUGACAAUGACACUGGCUGUCACUGAUGCAUACUGUAAAUCACACCCCCUACAGAUCGCUCGCCUUCUGCAGGGAAAUCCGCAUGCUUCCCUCACUGCAAAGGGGGACCCCCUUCUGCAGGACCGUGGAGGAAGCUUUGAUCUGGCUUUCAUUGUGUAACUGGUUGUGUCAGGCAGUGACACAUGUCACGUUGACACGGGUGACCCUGACUGGGGACAGAACGUAAAUGAAGGACUCUGUGCUGGGCAGGCCGCAAGCUAGCUAAAUGGCGGCGAGCAUGUGGCAAAACACACAUAGAGCGCAUAUGCAUUUAAUAAAUGCGAACGCGACGGAUUCUUCCAGCAAUGCCCGGUGGGCGGCCGCGCCGCAAGACUGACGAUGCCACCGGUGGCUUGGAGGGCACUUGUGAUGUGCAUGUGAGCGCUAAGCAUGCCGGGAAAUAACCCUGUGACCUUGUAGGUAGUGAGGUCACACGCGUGUAGUGAGAAAGUGCAUGUGUGCGUGUGUGUCACAGCGCUGUUAAUGCGCCUUUCUUGAUAAUUCAUUUUAAUUUACUUUAGCUAUUUGUUCAGUCAGUGAGAAAAACGAUAUAAAUAAGAUGAAAUCAUGACGGUUUAUUUCAGGUGUUUUUGAAACCAGAAAUAUACAAACUCAACUCAAGCAAUACUUUUUUUUGAUUAUUUUUUUGAUUCCUUUUUCUCUGUAUAACCAAGGUGGACUUUAGGGAUUUAGAAAACUUCUAGCAAUAUCCCCGAGAAAAACCUUUCUCACCUAAUCUUCAAAGCAUGCAUUUUCUUCUGGGAGAUUCAGAUUAAGGAUGAAUGACAAACCUUAGACCUGUGACCUUAGAGCGUUAUGAGAGAUUUAUGAAAAUUGGGGGCUAGGCCUUUACUGGGGUGGGGGGGGGCGCUGAAUUUAAUGAUAAUUAGAGCACAUUAUUUAAACUAAUUAGUGCACAUUUAUUCUGGGGGCUAAAGAAUAUUUUACGGGAACUAAAACUCCCUUAAAGUAGCUUAGCGAUGCCCUGGUUUUGAUCUGUGUUACUUUCCCGAGCUUCUUUAGAAUGAACCUGAAAUCUUGAAUGGACUCUGACAGCACAUUUUAAUCAGAACAUGCUGAGGUGUCUUUUAGCCCUGUUGCCAGUGCAAUAAAAGAGUCUGAUGCUAUAGAACAUCUUGGAUCCCUGCUCUACACAGUGGCUUCCAGCAGGUGAUGCUACGUUACUCACUAAUGUUGAGCUCUGCCGUAGAUAGAGUAUUUUGAUACGGUAUAAAAUCAGCCCCCAUUCUGGCCUUAUUUUAUUAUUCUUUCUUUAUGAAAAUGCACGAGGAAAGGAUUUUAUCAUUACUAAAGUGAAUGCAAUUACUCGACUUGCAGUGUAUAUAAAUUUAUUUUUGAUCCUGGUUGCAUUUUCAAAUGACAACCUUUGACCUUCUGUUUGUGCUGCUGAAAAUUCGGACUUUGAUUGACUGUUUUUUUUUUCCCUGUGUGUCAUUUUUCCUUUUUCUUUUCUUUUCUUUUUCUUUCUUUUCUAAGUAUUUUGAAAAACAUUGUUGUUCCCAUUCUUAUAAUUAUUAUUUAUAACCUAUGUAAUGAAAUGAUGCAGAUUGUCUUGAUUAUAAUAAAUUGUCAUUAUUGAUUUUAUUAUCUUGUUGUAAAUUGCAAUGUAAUUUUAAAAGAAAAUUCUGAUACCUUUGGCUGCUUGAUGCAAAAUACCUCAGGUUAAACUGAAAGGCUUUUCCUUCCCUUGUACCUGUUUUGUGAAAAUGAAACAAAAACUCAAGCGAAAAGCC